AUGCCUCUCACCAUCCAUCUCCUGGCCCUGUUUGAUAUCGCAGUCCUGGCCACUAACUAUGCCUUGGCGCGAGGUGGAACCGGCAACAGACGGACCGUAUCUGAAAACAGCGACCACACCCGAGCAGCUUUCUCGCUCUUCUUCCCUUUUGCUUCCAACCUCACCUCUUCAACUCUCUCCAUCCACCCUCCACUCUUCACGCAUCUCACCAUGUUCAAGAGCGGCAUUUCCCGGACCCUCGGAAGGUCUGCAUUUGCACGACCUUCCUCCUCUGUCCUCUCUUCCGUCCGCCCAACCUUCAAGAACAAUGCUCUCCAAGCUCUCACAGCCCGAUAUGCCAGUACGGACGCUGCCAACAUUGGCAAGAUCCAUCAGGUCAUCGGUGCCGUCGUCGACGUGAAAUUCGAUACCGAGACCCUUCCCUCCAUUCUCAACGGUUUGGUGACUGACAACGGCGGCCAGAAGCUGGUCCUCGAGGUCGCUCAACAUUUGGGUGAGAGAGUCGUGCGAACAAUUGCUAUGGACGGUACGUGUCGAUAUUUCUCUCAAAGGCUUGGCAUCAAACCCGAUCUGGGAGCCGAGCUGGAACUAAGACGUUCAAUGCUAACACGCCUCUGCACUACAGGUACCGAAGGUCUCGUUCGUGGUGCCAAGGUCACUGACACCGGCCUUCCCAUCCAAAUUCCUGUCGGCCCUGGUACCCUCGGACGUAUCAUGAACGUCACUGGUGACCCAAUUGACGAGCGAGGCCCAAUCAAGGGUGUCAAGAUGGCCCCCAUCCACGCUGAAGCCCCCGAGUUCGUUGAGCAGUCCACCUCUGCUGAGGUUCUCGUCACUGGUAUCAAGGUCGUCGAUCUUCUUGCCCCAUAUGCCCGUGGUGGUAAGAUUGGUCUCUUCGGUGGUGCCGGUGUCGGUAAGACUGUCUUCAUCCAGGAGUUGAUUAACAACAUUGCCAAGGCUCACGGUGGUUACUCUGUUUUCACUGGUGUCGGAGAGCGUACCCGUGAAGGAAACGAUCUCUACCAUGAAAUGCAGGAGACCCGUGUCAUUCAGCUUGAUGGCGAGUCCAAGGUGGCCCUGGUCUUCGGUCAGAUGAACGAGCCCCCAGGUGCCCGUGCCCGUGUUGCUCUUACUGGUUUGACCAUUGCUGAGUACUUCCGUGAUGAGGAGGGUCAAGACGUGCUUCUCUUCAUCGACAACAUUUUCCGUUUCACUCAGGCUGGUUCCGAAGUGUCUGCCCUGCUUGGUCGUAUCCCAUCUGCCGUCGGUUACCAACCCACUCUUGCCGUCGACAUGGGUGGUAUGCAGGAACGUAUUACCACCACCAAGAAGGGAUCCAUUACCUCCGUCCAGGCCGUCUACGUCCCUGCUGACGAUUUGACUGAUCCUGCUCCUGCCACCACCUUCGCCCAUUUGGACGCCACCACUGUCUUGUCCCGUGGUAUUUCUGAGUUGGGUAUCUACCCAGCUGUCGACCCUCUUGACUCCAAAUCCCGUAUGCUUGACCCCCGUAUCGUCGGUGAGGACCACUACAACACCGCCACCCGUGUCCAGCAGAUGUUGCAGGAGUACAAGUCUCUCCAGGAUAUCAUUGCUAUUCUGGGUAUGGACGAAUUGUCGGAAGCUGACAAGCUCACCGUCGAGCGUGCCCGUAAAAUGCAACGUUUCCUUUCCCAGCCCUUCACCGUUGCCCAGGUCUUCACUGGUAUCGAGGGUGCCCUUGUCGACUUGAAGGACACCAUCCGAAGCUUCAAGGCCAUCAUCAACGGUGAAUGUGAUGAUCUCCCAGAAGCCGCCUUCUACAUGGUUGGAGACAUUGAGUCUGCCCGCGCCAAGGGAGAGAAGAUCCUGGCUGAGCUUGAAAAACAAUAG